UAUGUAGUGUCAAGGUCAAGAUCAGCCGAUUUUGUCUUUAUAUAGCAUAUGUAUUCUAUGCUAAAAUGGAUUGUCCACCUUUCUAGUGAUAUCACAAAUGAAUAGGGGAAAAUUGUUAUUAUAUAUGUCCGUAUAUACGUAUGAACGUCCUACAGUGUUAUCAAACAUAACCUAAAAAAAUGUGAAACUUGUCAAACCUAGUUCCUAUAUCUAUAGCACGAACAGUUGUCAUACAAUAUGGGAAUGAUUAUGUGCUACUUGUAAUGAAAAUAAAAUCUACGAAUACAAAUUUAAUUAUUUUAAUGUAAUUUGAUGGGUUAAUCAGAAAUGGCUCCGCUUACGGAUCUACUUUCCUGUAGCAUAAUCGAAAAAGAUUCCAACGGUGAUGUAUUAUGGACGUGGUCUUACCCAUUCAUUUCAGAAUUGCAGAAAGCAGUUGUAUAUAGAAAAUGUAACUUAGAAUCGGAAUGCAAUUCCUCGCAAGUGUUUGUAUUUUCAAGGCAUAAGCAUGACUGGUUUUAUAUUCAUUCCACCGAAGUAUUUGAUUCAGACAAAUUACCAAAAGUAAAACAAUUUGCUCUAGUUUUAUUUGCGAAAGAUUUUAAUCCACGAAAAUAUGAAGUUCUUUCGAGAGUUCUCAGCAAAAUGUAUUGUAAAACCGGGAAACCAACAGAAAUUUUACAACUGUAUCUUUCCGUAUUUACAAAAGGAUCUUGUUCUACCCAAGAAAAUGGAACGUUUGUCUCCGACGACUUCAAUAGUUACCGCUUUACAGUGAAUACCAACAUCAGAGAAUUAAUAAAAGCUUUUGAAUUAGAAACUAUAUUAAUAUAUACAGCUUUACUCUUGAAAAAAAGGAUAAUAGUUUAUCAUCAUAGUUUAGAACAACUUUUGAAAUGGACUGGGCUAUUUCCAGCAUUGAUGAAACAUCGCAAAGUUAGUGACAACUUAUUUCCUUGGGUUGAUUUAGUUGACGAUGAACUGGCAGAAUUAAAGAAACAUUCCCAUUACGUUGCGGGUUGCAGGAACAGCUCAAUAUCAUCGAGAACAGAUUUAUUCGAUCUGCUUGUCAACAUUCCAGCUAGAGAAAUUACAGUUGCUUCACAUGCAAAGGAGAGUCUUACAAUGACGAAAACACAUAAAGAAAUAGCUCUCUUCAUGGUCCAGUUAUGUGAAAAUCAAACCUACACAGAAGCCCAAAUAAUAUCUGAAAUUAAUGAUAAAACUCAAGAUCUACUGAAUCAACUAACAUCUCUGGCUAUAGUUCAAGGGCCCGAUGGAAGAAAAAUGGUCUCUGCACAGACGCUAAAAGAAAAAAAUUUACCACCAGCUGUGGAAAAUUUCUUAAUUAAUUUGGCUGUUGUAGAAAAUUUAUUCUUAUUAUAAC